GCAGAUGAGUAGAUUAGGGCGAGGGGUGGCCAGGCAGGCCAUGCACCACCCCGAAAACCACCAGCGACAACCACAACACAAAACGCAAACAUUAAACAGCAGCAGCAGCAGCAAUAUUUGUUGAUACAGAUACGGAUAUGUAUAAGCUACAGAGAGAAGGCCAUUCAAAUCACUCAAGUAUCUCUGUCUGUAUCUGUAUCUUAUGCUGGGCGGGCUUCCGAGGGCCGGUUCCGUGUGUCAACUUCAAUUACUUGCGCUGCCUAAUCACGGUCCUAUAAGGGUAAUAACAAUGCACAGCCUACCUGGGCAGGGCCCAGAGGCAGGGCAACGCCUUUUAAACGCCUUAUUGCCCGCAAAUGAGACUCGAGUACCUCAAUGGAAUGUGAGACAAGGAUAGCGAUAUGGUAUGUGGCUGUGGUGCCAUUGCGGUGCACAAAAUGGUGGCUGUUCCUGUGUCGACAGCGGCCUUAAAUAGCCAAGGAUGCGCAGAGCACUGAACAGUAGCAAUUCAGCACUGGCACACUCGAGGAUCAUUGCACAGAAUGAGUGACUUCAGCAUCGACUACAUACUGAACCGCGCCGGUGAUAGAUACGUCGGCACCAAUGCAUCAUUAGGAAUUCUGCAGCGGCUCAGAUACCAUCCCACAUAUCAUCCAUAUGCGCAGCCUGCACUCAAGGAACAGUUGCCAUCAACAGCAGCCGCGUCCAUGGAUGACGGACCAAUGCCCAUGUACGAUUGGCUUCAGUACACACGUUACCAUCCGCCCAAGCUGCCACGCGCGUUGCGUCAGGGACCCGCAAAGCGCACACCAGGACGUCUGCCUCGUAUUCCGUUUACGCCCGCCCAGCUCCAGGCUUUGGAACGAGCUUACAAGGAAUCCAACUAUUUGAGUGCGGAGGAUGCUAACAAGCUGGCCGACUCAUUGGAGCUAACCAAUACGCGAGUGAAGAUCUGGUUCCAGAAUCGUCGUGCCCGGGAGAGACGGGAGAAGCGAGAAAAGGACGAGAGCUGCGACUCGACCUUCUCAUCCAACGCAUCUAGUCCGGAGCCGGAGCAGGAGCAGGAUGUAUUAAUCAUUGUAUGA